AACAAAUGGAAAACACGACACCUCUUUUCUUUUCUUCUUCGUCUUCUUUAGCUGUUGUCCCUUAUAAAUACACUGCUAAUUUCUUCCCUACCAUUACCCUAUACUGACAACGUUACGCAUCGCAUUAUCCAGAAGAAAACAAACAAGUUAAUUUCGGCAGAGAGAUCAUGGGGAAUAUUGGAGAGAUUCAGGAGGAAAUAGAGAGGUGGGUUUCUCCUUCACCGGCCUUCCCACCUUCAACAGGAACAACAUCCAUGCCUCUAGCCUUAAACCAUAUCUCGUUUGUUUGCAAGUCUGUUGCUGAAUCUGUCGGGUUCUACUAUGAUGUUUUGGGUUUUGUUCUCAUCAAAAGACCUUCUUCCUUCAAAUUUGAAGGAGCAUGGUUGUUCAACUAUGGUAUAGGCAUCCAUCUGCUUGAAUCAGACAAGGCCCCAGCAAAGAAGAGUAAGAUCAAUCCAAAAGACAACCACAUUUCAUUUCAAUGCUCAGACAUGAAUCUUGUUAUCAAGAAACUAGAGGAGAAGAACAUUGAAUAUGUUACUGCAGUUGUUGAAGAAGGUGGCAUCACAGUUGAUCAGCUCUUCUUCCAUGACCCUGAUGGCCACAUGGUGGAAAUAUGCAACUGUCAAAAUCUUCCUGUUCUUCCACUCUCUGCAUGCCCCAUCAAGUUACCUAAGACCAACGGGAAGCUGGCAUCAUCAGUACCAUCACUGUGUGGAAAAUCAAUGGCAGGGAAGCAGAGUUGGGAGUUGCAAUGCUUCGCGGAAGUCGCCUCUCUGAUGAUGGACAACUUGGUGGUGAACAUGAUGGAUUUUUCAAUAUGAGGAUCCAGGAAGAGUGGUGGAUGCCAAGUUUUGGUUCUUCUGCAACUUGCUUGCAAAAUUGUUUCAUAUACGUUUUGUAAAGAGAGGUUGAAAUUAAAGCUUUGUAAUGUAAGAAAAACGAUUAGGAUUUGAGGACGUUCUUGAUUUCUAUUAAAUAACUCUUAUAUAUAUAUAGUGCUCAGUUUGAUCCA